GAACUUAAAAAGGAAGGGCUGAUUUGGGUGCACGUUAUAGGAUUUAGGGCCAUAUAAAAUUGCUCCUUCCUGCUUGCCUCAUGUACUGUUGUUGGUGGAUUGUAAACGCCUGCUUGCGUACAACUGUUUGGGGACGGUUCUUUCAUCUAGCUGGUGCCCAACUGCAAAGACAAGAUUCAGUCUCUGAAGGAGAGAAAAGUAUAUAAUACAAUCCACCCUCCCCCAGCAAACUCCAGAGCUGAUGAGUUGGAUGUUGUGCAUUGAAUUUGUUAUUGAGGAAAGGGUUAACGACGUCACUGGCAGAGCAGAGCUGGAGUGUUGAUUGGGGUUCAGGGGCACAACCAUCCUGGGACCAUGAGGAACGACCUGUCCGUGGCCUUUGCUGGAGUCAGCGGGGCCGGCAGUGUCUUGCGGAGCAGUGAGCCUGCGUCUCUGUCUCCAGUGGCUUCUCAGGCAGCCUCCUUCUUGGAGGAAGCUGCAGAUCUGUUGGUGGUGCACCUGGACUUUGCUGCUGCUGUAGACAGAUGCGAGAAGGGCUGUGAGAGCCUCCUGAAUGAUCCAGAGAGUGAAGACUCAGGCAGCUCUGAAGAACUGAGAUGCUCCUUAUGCAUCGUGGGUAUCCAGGCCCUGGCUGAAAUGAACCGAUGGAGAGAAGUCCUCCCUUGGGUUCUCCAAUACUACCAAGAUCCUGCAUGUUUACCUCCCAAAGUUUUGGAGCUGUGCAUCCUCCUCCAUAGCAAAGUGAAAGAGCCUCAUGUGAUGCUGGAUGUUGGAUGUGAUUGGUUACACGCCUCAGCCAAUCAGCACCUGCCAACUUACAGCCUAUUGGUUCAGCUGCACAUCUUCCAUGUUCUGUUGCCACUUGGGCACUUUGAAGAAGCACAAGAGCUGGUGGAAGGCUGUAAGGCAUUAAGCAAGGAGCAGCGCCUGGAGGCACGUGGAAUCAUUAAGGAGAAGAGGCAUCAGUGGUUGCAGCAGGCAAAGGAGCACCCAGAUCCUGAGAAGAAGGCAGAAAUGGCAUGGAAGACGCAGCUGGGCUCGAUGUCCCAAAAGGUUUUGACCGUCUUGGUGCAGCUGGGCAGAGCGCUGGGGUCCUUAGCAGGCCAGUUCAGCUCCAUUCCCUACAAGAAAACUCUCUUGGCCAUUUUCAUGCUGUUUCUCAUUGUUGUGAAACUUGAUCCAGCGUCUCCCACCUCCCUGCCCUUCCUCUACAGGCUCAUCCAGCUUUUUCAUCAAGUCCGCUCGGCUGUAUUUUCCACAAACUACAGGCCUCCUGUUCAGGGCUGAACUGGGCCGUUUUCCUCAGUAAUGACAUUCUACUCAUUGGAGAGCCAUUGAAGAGACUCUGUAAGCCAGUUUGAGCGAUCCUGUUGUUGUGAGGGGAGAGAGAGAGAGAAGGGUACAAGCACUGUGGAAGAUUUAUCAAGUGCUUAAUGUGAUGACGCACUGGGCUUGGAAGGCCAUCUUCGCUUUUUUCCUCACCUCAGCUGUGCAUCUCUUGAGGAGACUGUGCAAUUACACACGAGUUCAUUUUUGUCCUGCUAGACUUGGUUGGACUCUGUUGAAAAGAACGCUCUGUUGAGACCAGUUGAGCUUUCCUCCAAAUGAAUGUGUUUAAGAUUGGGAUUAAGUUUCCUCUUCCAGCCCUCGAUGUUUGGUUCAAGCCCAUCUCUUAAGAGAGAGAUCUCUGUUGCUGCUCAGUUCUGUGGCUUCUCACGGCGUGCCCUAGGAAACCUGUGUUGUCCUUUCAAGAGUUAUGACCUGUUUAGCUCUCAGGGGAACAAGGCCUGGAACUGUCGUAUAUUUUCUCUCUCUCGCUUUGGGUUAACACAGCAAGCAGACCCUUUGAUAGCCAUCCUUUCAACGUGAUUAUUAAGGUUGCAAAAAACCCAAAACAAAUUCUGCCAGAGCUCCUGUGCCUUUAACAAGCUAUGUGUGUUAAGCAGGAAUUCAACACCUAGUUAUUUUCAUGGCAUGGAGCUGAUAAAAUGAAGAGAACGACUUUACCUGCUUAAUUUUUCCUGUUUGGGACACAAGGUAAUUUAAAAGCAUAGGAGCCUUGCCAGGAAGAAAAGGUGGCACCUCUGUGGCCCUCCACGAAUUAAUAACAAUGGUUUUUUUUUCAUAUGUGGGAGUGCUAUAACCUUCAUAUUAGCAUGUCUUUUGCUUAGUUUAAAAGAAACAGCUUGGUAAAGAGGAACUAUUUUCCAUUUGGGGGGGAGGCAUAGUAAAGAUUUUUACGAUUUUUAAACAGGCAUUUUAAAGUAGUUAUUGUUGCCCUCCAUUUAAUUCAUACAUUAAAACUAUUUCAUUUUUGAAGACUACUAAUUUUGUGUUCAGCACUAAGUGGUUUGGAGGGUUUGGAGGAGAUAUAUGAAGUGACUUGCAUGGGUUAGUGGAAGGACAUCUUUGCCAACGGGAGAAAAAGUAAACGGUGCAAGUGUAGUAACUGAGCAGUGGCCGUAGCGUGUCAAGAUUGUAUUGCUAAGGUACUUCCACAAUAGAAUGGCCAAAAUGUGGCGCCCAUUUCCCCAAAGACAUCCAGUUAAAGCUUCCAGAGUUGGAUUUCUCUGUGAAGAAGUAUUGUCUGCAGAAUUUCAAAAUGGUUGCUGAAGGGUGGUUGUUAUAUAUUAAUUUUUAGUUCAUUGUUAUGCUUCUUUGUAUACUUAGGCCUUUUAAUAAUUUCAAUCAGU